AUGCAUUCACAACAGACUCUCUGCAUCCAGGCUCACGUGCUCACAGCCGUAUCGACAAUCCUGCCAUCGUUCUCAAUGAGAACUCCGGAUUGGCCUCACAUUAGGAAAUUGAGGUUGGCGGACAAUGAUUUUUUGACACGACGACCAGUCCAUUUAAUCAUUGGAGCGGAUUUCUACGGAAGGAUCAUCAAGCCAAAUAUCAUCAAGGGCUCACCCACAACACCAAUUGCUCAACUUUCCAUUUUUGGAUGGCUCGUCAUUGGCCCAGUCGAGGAAUCACAUUCAAAUACCCAUUAUUCACAUUUUGCAGUUGCUCAAGACGAGCAGAGCAAUCUGCAAGAGCUGCUCACCAAAUUCUGGGUUCAAGAGGAGUCACCAAUGGACAUUCCAAGCACGCUCACUCCGGAGGAAGAAGAAUGCGAAUCACAUUUCUGUGCGACUCACUCUCGUGAUCACACAGGAAGAUACAUCGUUCGCAUUCCACUCAAGGCACCAGCAUCGCUCUUAGGCAGUUCACGCAAGAUUGCCCAAAGAUGUCUACAAAGCACUUUGCGACGACUCUCCAAGGAUUCAACAUACAACCAGCUCUACGUCGAGUUCAUGAAAGAGUACGAAGAAUUAGGACACAUGGUAAAGGCUCCAGAUCACCAAAGAAUUUCAUCAAGAGAGGCUGAGAACGUUGGGCCUGAUGGGGAGAUGACCUUGGCACAUGAUGCUUCGGCAUCAGGAGGGUUGAGGGUCUCUUCUGACGGUUCAACACCUCAGACCUCUGCUCAUCUUCAACCAUAUUAUUUGCCUCACCAUGGAGUUCUACGUCUCGACAGUUCAACAACGAAGCUCAGGGUUGUAUUCAACGGAUCGAAAGCUACGACAUCAGGCAAAUCAGUCAACGAUUUAAUGCAUACUGGUGCUAAUUUGCUCUUGAAUGUUACAGAUGUUCUAAUUUGGCUUCGCCAUUAUCACCACAUUUUUGCCACAGAUAUCACAAAAAUGUAUCGCCAGGUAGCAGUUCACAAGGAUGAUUGGGAUCUCCAGCGAAUCCUUUGGAUCGAUGAAGACCGCAAUGUCAUCCCUUACCAGCUCACAACUGUCACGUAUGGUACAAAGGCGGCUCCCUUCCUGGCGACACGAGCACUCAUGCAACUUGUUCACGAUGAGGGUCAUCGAUUCCCUCUGGCAACGCCCUCGCUCACACAUGGCAGAUAUGUGGAUGAUAUCUUUGGAGGAGCAGACUCAAUCUCGGAACUUGUGGAGGUCGCUCAACAGCUGAUUGCAUUGUGCAACGCGGGCGGAUUUCCACUCGCAAAAUGGCAUGCGAUUCACCCAGAUCUUCUACGGGCUGUUUCGUCAUCCACACAAUCGUCAGCUCCCAUAUCAUUUGACGACUGCACUACCAAUUUACUCGGUAUUCAAUGGAUGCCUCAAACUGACGCAUUCGGCUUCUCAUCAACUUUGACUGAUCAACCAAGUAAGUGUUCAAAACGCCUCGUAUUGUCCGAAGUGGCUCGGAUAUUUGAUCCAUUAGGUUUCGUCUCACCGGUAAUAGUACGAGCAAAAAUGCUAUUACAAGAACUCUGGCUACACAAAAUCAAUUGGGACGACCAAUUACCGUCUCAAAUUGUAUCACGAUGGUUCAUCAUCAGAGAAGAUCUCAAGGGUUUGGCCAAACUGAUAAUUCCAAGAUGGUUCAACACAUGGAACAAUUCAACUGUAGAAAUUCAUGGAUUCUCUGAUGCUUCUCAACUUGCCAUGGCAGCAGUGAUUUACAUCACUGUUAGCUCUCCGUCCAACAACUCAAUGACGUCACUUGUCUGUUCUAAGACAAAAGUUGCACCACUGAAGAGGCUCACAAUACCAAGAUUGGAGUUGUCUGCAGCACUCCUAUUGGCAAAACACACAAAAUAUGUUCAAUCAACGCUCAAGGUGAAGAUCAAUGCAACGCACCUGUGGACGGAUUCUCAAGUUUCGCUCAUAUGGAUCAAAUCGCAAGCAUCACGUUGGAAGGAUUAUGUUCGGAACAGAGUCAUUCAGAUCCAAGAACUCACUCCAAAUGCGCAUUUGGAGGCAUGUUCCAGGUACUUCUAA